UGCAUUAAAUUACAUCGGACUGCAAGACUAACUAACUUCAGAAUAUUUUCACUUUACCAAACCAUUAUUAAUUUGACUUAUCUUCGAAAAACUGUCAGACUCUGUCAGACUGUCAACAAUCAAAUUCAAAUAAGCAAUCAUUUGUUCUCAACUUGUUGAAUGUACUAAAAAAUUUCUUGAAAUCAAACAUUUAUGAACAAAGGUUCAGACCUAAUAUUAAAAAAGGUGUAUAUUUCGCGAGAUACUUUAAGUUCUAAAGACAAGAAAAUUUAAACAAUGUUUCUAGAAAAGUAAUAAUAGCCUAAACUUUCUGAUCACUGUGUAUGCACGCUUUCGAGAUAUGAUGUCACUUAGUUUGAAAGGCGGAGCCAUGAGUACCCACAAUUCUGUGCAACGUGAACGAGCAUGCGCAGAUCAUAAGGAAAAAGUCGUAAUGCCUUCAAAUGAUGAAAACAAUUUCAUUCGCGGGAUUCUCAGAUCUCAAAUGUAUGAAGAAGAAAACGGUUUUUCGAGUCUUCUUAUAUCUACAGUUCUUGAUUUGGUCAGCCUGGAGAAUUUAAAAUACAAUACAAUAUUUUAUUCAAACACAAAAUUUGAAAUACAAAAUUCGAUUUGAAAUCAGCUUAAAGGGCAUCAAAUUCAAAAAUGGGAAGACGAAUUGAAACUAUUCUAAAAUCAUGGUGUGUGCAGGACAGAGAAGUAACUUUCAACAAUAAAUAUAUGUACGCAUCAAGGAGAAUGUGCUGCAAUUGCUCGUUAUUCCGAAUGAAUGCAGAAUACAAAUCACAAUGGCAAAAUUUAGCGUAUAUUUAUGUGUACUGCUAACAGGUGCACACCAUCAUGUGAAACAGGACCAUGUAUCAAAUCUGAUCCGGUGUGUGCGUUGCAACCAAAGAAUGAGUAACAUUAAGCCAGCGGUCGCUUGUGUGGAUUGUAUAAAGGCCAUCCAACAACACAGUGACGAGGAACUUGGAAGUCUAGAUGAAGGCGUACUUAUGCCUUCAGAAUAUUAUGAAAUUAUAGAACUCGAAACAAGAGACAGAAAUUCUAGAAAUUAAUUUAUGUAAAAUAUAUAAAAGAACUAUUAUGUAGGACUAGUAGAGAGAAGGCGACGCACGCUCUGUUGUAUGUGUACGCAGUUUUGGCGGUAUCGUGAUUUGCGUUGGAUACCGCAAGAUGGCUGAGAAUAUUUAUUUUCUCUAGAAGCUGCAAAAAUCUACUGAAGUUAGCUGCAUAUUAUUUCUCGUUGAAACAAAUAUAAUAACAAAACAGUAAUUUAUAAUUGAUAAUAUAAAUAUGAGUGACGUUUAACAGUAUGCUAAAUAAAUUUCAUUGCUUUAUAAUAAUACCAGUUUGAAACAUAACAAUGAGCGGUGGUGUGGUACCCAGUAAAUCGACAGUAUAUAUUUCAAAUUUACCUUUUUCGUUAACAAACAAUGACCUGCAUCAACUGUUACAAAGUUAUGGAAAAAUAGUAAAAGUAACGAUAAUGAAAAAUAAAAUUACAAGACGAAGUCGAGGUGUUGCUUUUGUCUUAUUUCUGACUCCAGAAGAUGCUGUUUCUUGUGCUAAAAGUUUGAAUAACACAGAAAUAGGUGGUCGUACAAUUAAAAGUUCUAUAGCAGUAGAUAAUGGACGUAGUACCGAAUUUAUACGUCGGAGGGAUUAUCCAGAUAAAUCUCAAUGUUUUGAAUGUGGAGAAGAAGGUCACUUGUCAUAUAAUUGCAGUAGUAAUACAUUAGGCCCCAGAAAUCCACCAUUAAAAAAGGCCAGAAUAAGAAAAAAGCAUAAGUCUAGUAGUAGUUGUCAGAACAGUGAUUUUAACAAAAAUAGUGAAGAUGAAUUAGGUGAUGAUAAUUGGGAAGAAGAAGUAGAGACAUUAAGUGCUGCAAUUGCACUGGAGCAAAGACAGAAGGAAUAUGAAAAUAGUCAGCGUUCAGCAGGUAAAGGAUGUGAAGAAGAAAAUCGACCAACUCAAAAAUCAGGCAAAAGAUAUAAGAAAAAUCAAUACUUCAGUGAUGAAGAAGACUUUAGUGAAUGAACUACUGUCUAGAAAAAUUAAUAUGACAUGACAUGUUAAGUACAAUAUUGUACAAUAAGUACUCCUGAAUCAAUACUAAAAGACAGUUGUAUUAUAAUAAGAUUUCAAAUGUAUUUAUUAUUAAUUUUGUAAUAUAUUAUUUGUAUAUAA